ACGUUUCAGAGAUUAUUAUCUUGAUUACUAUACAGGGACUUGGCUUGGUUGUGACAUCUCGUGCUUUGGUGGCUCAAAAACAAGUGCGAGCAAACUAAGUCCGCUUAGACAUCACAUGCGCAAACCCAUCAAGGACCUCGUGCCAGAUAUCAUUACACCAAUAUCCCAAUCGAGCAAGCGAAUGCAUUUAUCGUCAUAGAAAGAAAGGAAAAGCAGGAAAAUUAAAUGGCGGCAGACACAAACGAAAGCGCGUCCCAAUACAAGAUCAUCGUUAUCCCUGUGGACGAUGACGGCUGUCGUUUCUAUCUGGAGCAGUACAGACCAUUUCGACUAGCUUCGCUGCAGCAAGAUCCCCAGGCAUUUGGAUCUACGUAUGAACGAGAGAUCGCGUUCGACGAGGAGACAUGGCUCGGCCGUAUCAAGAACCCGCUCGCAAAGACCUUCGUCGCGGUGCGCACGCACAGCAACCAGAUCGUCGCAUCGACGUCGCUGAUCGGCCCACUGCCGAACGCCACCGUCAGCAGCAAUCCUUACCAGGUCAUCACAGCAGCACCAGGAGAAGGUGACACGAAAGACACCAACAGCAACAGUGACAGUGAUGACAGCGCAAACAAGGCGCCCGUAUAUUUCCAGAUGUCCGCCGUCUACACCCUUCCCACGGCGCGCGGCUGCGGGCUCGCCAAGGCCCUAAUCAAGGCCGCGACGGGAGAGGCGUGCGACCGUGCACAUAGCCAGCGGAGGCCGCUGGCCCUCAGCGUCGUCGUGUACCCGGACAAUGCCGCCGCCAUCUCUGUCUACGAGCGCUGUGGGUUCGCGAGGAAUCCGGAAGAGGAGCCUGAGCUCGUGGUUAAUGAGGUUAAGAAAACGUCGGAGUGGACGGUGAACAUGUAUUAUUCAGGGGAGCCUUGAGGCGAUGAGAGCGAGGAAGGGGGAACGCACGUAUUAUAGCCUGAUAUAGAUACUGAGUAAAUAAUGAUGUAUAUAUGAUUUGUCGUUGUGA